AUGCGCGUUCUCACGUUUAUUUCUAUCGUUUUCCUUGGAAGUGCUGUCGCAGCUCUGCCACUCGCUACAACUGAAGCUGAUGCAGCCGUCAUUAAGCGCCAAUGUGGGCCACCCCCGUUGGGCUCGCACUUUAAUGAACGCUGUAUUCCGGUCGCCAACGCCUAA